CCGGCGAGCUGGUGAUGCUGAACAGCCGUGUGUUACUUUUAUCGCUGCUCGUCCGGCCUUCUCUUCUUCUUCUUUUAUUUCUUUAUUCCCUUCCCCAGUUUUUAUCUCUGCAGAAUCAUUCUCAGUCAAGGCUGGUCGGCAUCAUGUCGCGGCCUGUUCCUGCGGUGUUCCGCCCCAUCUGGCGGCGGAAUUUCUCCGUCUCAACCACCAAGCGCGCCAUUGAUAAGAUAUGCCCGUCCGCUCAGGAAGCCAUCAAGGACAUGAAGGGUUCCUCCACCGUCCUCGUCGGUGGUUUCGGUUUCGCCGGUGUUCCCACCACGUUGAUCGAUGCUGUCCGUGAUCGCCCCGAAAUCAAGGAUCUGACGGUCGUCUCCAACAAUGCUGGAAUGCCGGGUGUUGGUCUCGGCCAGCUUCUGGAAAGCAAACAGAUCAGCAAGAUGAUUGCCUCGUUUAUCGGUGAAAACAAAGUCUUCGAGAAAAUGUAUCUCGGCGGUGACCUCUCCCUGGAAUUGACCCCCCAGGGCACCAUUGCGGAAAAGUGUGCCGCUGGUGCCGCUGGUGUCCCUGCUUUCUAUACCCCUGCUGCUUAUGGAACAAUUGUGCAAACCGGUGAACUCCCCGUGCGUUACAACAAGGACGGUAGCGUCGCGAUCAAGAACGAGCCCAAGGAAACCCGCGAAUUCAACGGCAAGAACUACAUCCUGGAAGAAUCGAUUUUCGGUGACUACGCUCUGGUUAAGGUCCACAAGGCCGACAAGCUGGGUAACUGCCAGUUCCGCAAGUCGAUGAACAACUUCAACGAGGCCAUGGCUAAGAACGCCAAGUACACCAUCGUCGAGGCGGACCACAUUGUCGAGGUUGGCGAGAUCGACCCCGAGAGCAUCCACCUCCAGGGAAUCUACGUCAACAAAGUCAUCCAGAGCACCGGCGAGAAGAAGAUCGAGAAGCUCACUUUCGCCAAGGACCCUAGCGAGAUGCUCCAGGCUGGUUCCGGUGAGGCCACCGCCCGCCGCGAGCGCAUCGUCAAGCGCGCCGCCAAGGAGUUCAAGGACGGCAUGUACGUCAACCUCGGUAUCGGAAUGCCCCUGAUUGCUCCUUCCUACGUGUCCGAGGGCGUGGAGGUCGUCCUCCAGGCUGAGAACGGUAUCCUGGGUCUGGGUGGCUACCCCAAGCCCGGUGAGGAGGACCCCGACUGCAUCAACCCCGGCAAGGAGACCGUCACUCUGGGUCGUGGUGCCUCUGUUUUCGGAUCCCAGGAGAGUUUCGGCAUGAUCCGCUCUGGCCGCAUCGAUCUGACCAUGCUCGGUGCUCUCCAGGUCAGCCAGUACGGCGACCUGGCCAACUUCAUGCUCCCCGGUAAAGUGAAGGGUAUGGGCGGAGCCAUGGACCUAGUUUCCAACCCGGAGAAGACCAAAGUCGUCGUCACCAUGGAACACACCGACAAGAAGGGCAACCCCAAGAUCCUGCCCGAGUGCAGCUUCCCCCUGACCGGACCUCGCUGCGUGUGGAAGAUCAUCACCGAUCUGGCCGUGUUCGAAGUUAGCCCUACCGAGGGACUGACACUGGUUGAGUACGCCGAGGGCGUGACGGUUGAGGAGAUCCGCAGCAAGACUGCCGCUCCUUUCAAGGUUUCGGAGGACCUGAAACCUAUGCUGUAAAUAAUCAAAUACCUGUGGUGUUGAAAUUUUGUUUAUAGAAUUGUGUAUAUAACGUGGGAUGACUGGGAUAAAUCAAAACUAC